CAUCACUUCAUUAACACCCCAACACCAGCUUGCUAUCUUAUUAUUCGACUUCUCACCACUACCAGCCUACCCAGAGCGAGAAAAGGCUGACCUCACCCCACCGCAACCAUGCCCCCAACCCGCACCCACGCGCGCUCCCGCAAACCGCCCCCAGAAGGCUUCAGCGACAUCGAAGACACCCUCCUCGAGUUCAGCAACAAGAUGAAGGACGCCGAGAACGCCUCGCACGAGGGAAAGAAAAAGUACGAGACACUAUGGCCGAUCUUCCAGAUCACACAUCAGCGGAGCCGCUACAUCUACGACCUGUACUACGAGAAGGAGGCGAUUAGCAAGCCGUUGUAUGACUGGUUGAUCAAGAAUGGGUAUGCGGAUGCGAUGCUCAUUGCGAAGUGGAAGAAGCAGGGGUAUGAGAAGCUGUGCUGUCUCCGCUGCAUCCAAACCAAAGAGACGAACUUCAGCUCGACCUGCAUCUGCCGUGUGCCUAGGGAGCAGCUGAAGGAUGGACAGGAUAUCCAGUGCGUGAGCUGUGGGUGCCGGGGAUGUUCUUCUGGGGACUAGGCCGCUGUCUUCUCUAUUGGCAUCGGCAUUGAGAUCCUAGAACGCGGCAGGAAGUCAACCUCCUGAUCUAUUGGCCGGAAACAAGGGAUCGGGCUGGCCGCGGUGAAUCGUGAGGGAGGGAUCGAUGGAGGUAUGGAGGACGGAUUGUUAUACCCCAGAGCAACCACAUCGACUGCACGGCUACUUCAGAUUGCUGCGAGGGUAGAGGUACCCACACCUGCUUUUCAGACACACUGGUGUUCUGCAGCUUAGAGUCUGGGAUGAGGCUGCUUUAUGCUGGACUAAGCUUCAUGAUCUUGGAUGUGAUCAGGCGCGUAGAGAUUGGGAAAAAG